UGAAUUUGAUUAACAGUUGAUGUUUUUAUUUAGAAAAACAUUUGGUUAAUUGUUGAGGUGAAUCAUUUUAUAUUUUGUUUAGUUUUCCACGUUUACGAUUUACUUAAUAUUCUUUGUCAAUUGUUUGUGGUGAUACAUUGUGGUGAUUUGUUUUUCCAAUCAUGAUGGAUGAUGAUAUUUUUCGUCAUGUUGACAAUAUGAUGCGUACACUUAAUCGUUUGGAUGGAUUUCUUGAUUUAGGUUCACCUUUUUCUGGGCCUGGAGGUGGUGGAUUUGGUGGAUUUGUUGGUUUACAUCAUCCUGGUGGUUUCUCUUCUUCGGGUGACCCUUUUGAUUCUCCUAAUUUUCCAAUGAUAACUGGACCAUCAUUUCAAAAUAAUAAUCGUUCUCUUCGUGAUGAUUUCUUGGAACCAUCAGCUGCUCAAUCAAGAGGCUCUUCGCUAGUCCAAUAUAAUUCUGACCAAAGGGUAAUGGAUCCUUUUGGAAUACCCUCUUUCUCUGGUGAACAUCAAAUUAACCAACAACCCAAUCAGCCAUUUAAAUCCUUCUAUCAGGUGAAACAGUUUAGCUCUGUCAUCAAUGGUGAUAAAAUUGAGACAAGAAGAAUUGAAACCGACUCAAGUGGAAGACGAAUUGAAUCUCAUACCAGAAAAUUAGGAGACAAAUCUUACACCGUUACAUCAAAAGCUGACGCUAAUGGUGAACAAGAGAUUGAAGAAGAUCUUUACAACAUGGAAGAAAAAGAUUUAUCACAAUUUGACUCUAUGUGGAAAUCAGGCUUCUCUAAACCUUCCUGGUUCAAAGGCAACAAUCAAAUAAUGCCACCAACAUCUUCAACAAUUGAAGUUCAAGCUAUUGAGGACACGCCAAACGACAAUAAGCCGAAAACAUGGACAGAAAAGCUUAGAUCAUGGCUACCAUUCUAAACGAUAAUUGCUUUUCUCCUACCUAUCAAAUUCCCCGUUAAUCAACUUAUAUUAUCAACUGUUAUCUCUUUAACUUCAACUAUAUCGAGAAAAAAAGAUUUAUGUUUCUAUUUUCAUUAGUUAUACAUUAAAUUGUAAUUUUAUUGUAACAAAA